AUGAGCUUUGUUCUGGAAAAGUUAAGUGCAUUAUUCUCCACUUGGGACUCUCUGAUCAGAAACUUUAACAAAUCCGAGCAUAGAAACUCCACGCUUCUUGUACUGAUUGCGUCAACAACUAUACUGCUAUACAAGAAUCGGAGACAAAUUCGGGAUAUCAUGGAGAACUUUGGGAUGGUCGGAGGUGACCUGACGCGAGGGUUCCGUAAUAACUAUCGCAGCAGCAUGUUCAACAAAUGGGGCUCUAAGAACCCUGCUUUAGAGGAAAAGAUGUUUGAAAGGGGUGGGUACGUAGGCGGACUGGUGAACGAUGGCAAUACCUGUUUUAUGAACUCCGUCCUCCAAAGCUUAGCUUCAUCCCAGCGACUACUGCAGUUUUUGGAUGAAGAACUUAUUGAAGCCAACAAAGAGUUGGAUAACGCAAACCCUAUAGAAGAAACAGUUUCAGCAGGCGCAAACUCGCAAGAACCUACUGAUACUUUGAAUACAGAAAAAAAACCGAAGGGUUCCAAAGUGUAUGGAAAACGCAAAAAAAGAGCAGCAAGACUUGCGGAAAAGCAAGCCGCAGAGGACGAUAAUGGAGCGGUGGAUAUUACAUUCAGUACCACUUUGAAGGAACUUGUCGAUACUUUGAAUGCACAACAUCACAGAGACCGGCCAUAUUAUAAGACCAACAAGCUUUUGAAAACUAUGUCUAAAGCACCCAAUAAAAGCAUAUUACUCGGCUACGAUCAAGAAGAUGCACAGGAGUUUUUCCAGACCAUACUCUCCGAGCUGGAGAAGAAUGUGAUUUCACUGUACGGGAAAGCUUCUAGGGCGGACAAUGCCAAGGUCAAAGCCAGUGAUCUUUCUGAGGACGCGAUGGUCGGACAGCAGAAACUAGGAUCCAUGGGCACGGUAUUUAUUCCAAGUGACCAAAUUGAUCCAAAUUCUGUCCUUGGUAAUGAUCCAGAGCAGUUUUACUCACCAUAUCCGUUGGUGACACCCCUCGAUGGUAUCACGGUGGAGAGAAUUGGAUGUUUGAAUUGCGGAGAAAAUGGAGGCAUGCGAUACUCAGUAUUUUCAGGACUCAGCUUAAAUUUACCCAAUGAAAACAUAGGGUCUAAUUUAAAGCUUUCAAAACUCUUAAAUGAUUGGUCGAAACCAGAGAUAAUAGAGGGCGUGGAGUGUAAUCGGUGUUCUUUAAAAGCUGUUUUAGAGCAUUUGGAGAAAACUCUGGUUGGUUACGAGGCCUCUGAAACUUGUUCAGAAAAAUUAGUAGAAGCGGUCAGAACUAGAAUUCUCGAGCUUAGAGAUUUCUUAGCCAAACCGGUUAUUGACGAUAACGAUUAUAAAAACUUACACACUGAUAACAUGGUCAAGAAAACAUCAAAAGCCAAACAAAUACUCAUUUCCCGACCACCGCCUUUGCUUUGCAUUCAUAUCAACAGAUCUGUAUUUGAUCCCCGCACUUAUAUGAUCCGGAAAAAUAACUCUCGAGUUCUAUUCAAGUCAAAGUUAAACUUGGCACCGUGGUGCUGUGAUAUCGGUGAUAUCAAUUUAGACGCUCGUUUACCGAUGUCGAAAAAUGACCAGCAAACCCACGACUCUUCUGAAGACGAGAACGUGGGUGGGGAGUAUUUUGCUCAAUUGCACCGCCGUUAUGAAGAAGAAUUUGAUGACAGUGAUGAAGAGGAGGAUGGAAAUGGGUACCAUCGGUCGGGGAGGGAUGUGUCGAAUUAUGAUCCUUUGAAAGGUGAAGUGGAUUCAUCUUCCGGCGAAGAAAACCGUGAUUCUGAGGAAGAAGAGGAUUUUGAGGUAGACACACUUGGAAACCGCGUGUACAAGCCUAAGGAGCGUACAACACAUAAUGACGUGGUCGGGAACUCAGACGAUGAAAAAGGCGAUGUGGCACAUGAGCCAGGGCAUGCUGGGUCACCAAACGAAGGUUCCUCUGACGACGAAGUUGAGAGUCUUGAAGAGAACCAAACAGAUGCCGAUAGGGCCUCUGCUAUCGCACCCGUUCAACAGCGGCCCAUCCCAAGCGCUUCGACGGUUCCUGCUGGUCCUUUGACAUACGCUCUCCGCUCAGUAAUUGUUCACUACGGUACGCACAACUAUGGCCACUACAUUGCAUUCCGCAAAUUCAGAGGUUUGUGGUGGAGGAUUUCUGAUGAAACAGUGUACGUGGUGGAAGAGGAAGAAGUUUUGUCGACACCUGGUAUUUUCAUGAUGUUUUACGAGUACGACUACAACGAGGAGUUAGACAAAAUGAAUGACGAUCUCGAAUGGACUGAGGCUGACGAAGUGCCAGACCAUGCGGAAUCGUAG